GCUUAAAAGGAUAUUAAAUUAAGUGUGCUCUAUGGACCAUGUGCUGCUAUGGAUGUCUGAAGCACUUGAACUGCAGCUUGGGAAGACACAGACACCUAAAUGCUGGGCUGGAUUAAGUGCCUGAUGAGGAUGGUGAUUGAGCGAAUUGUGGUCAGCAUGCAGUCGGUACUUUGGUCUGGAAAACCAUAUGGUUCAUCUCGAAGUAUUGUAAGGAAAAUUGGUACCAACUUGUCUCUGAUUCAGUGUCCCAGAGUUCAAUUUCAGCUUACCAGCCAUGCAACAGAAUGGAGUCCCACCCCACCAGGGGACGACGUGGUGGCAUCUUUUGCUGAUGUUGGAUGGGUAGCUGCCGAAGAAGGAGAGUGCUCCACAAAGCUCAGGGCAGAGGUCAGGUCCAAGUCUCCCCAUGAGGAUAACCUUCCUUGCUUUGAGAAGCCCCCAAGCAGGCAUGUUUCUUUACCAAACUUGUCUCAAGAUGAGCCUCCCCCAAAGACAACGCUGGCCAGUGAGGAAGCCAUGCAAAAGAUCUCUGCACUCGAGAAGUCAGAGAAAGAUGUAAAGCCUAGGCCAGUGGAUACUACUGACCCUGCUGCCCUCAUAGCAGAGGCCCUGAAAAAGAAGUUUGCUUACCGUUAUCGAAACAGUAACCAAGGGGAAGUUGAAAGAGAAAUUCCAAAGCCAGAGUCAGAGGCCACCUCAGAGCCAGUCCUGUUUGGCCCACAUAUAUUGAAGUCUACAGGGAAAAUGAAGGCUUUAAUUGAGAAUGUUCCAGACUCCUAAUGGACAAUGUGAAAGACUCCUGGUUCACUGUUGGCUUGCAAAGUUGAGUUUGGCAGUAGAGAUCACCAGUAUUUAGUAAAUCUCUGACUGUAAUGGUCAUUGGUCUCCUUCUUAGCCUAAUUAGAGGAGUGAGAAGUAGUGACAGCACCAGAGUUGGUUUGGCUCUUAUGAGAUGGUCAGUUCUGGAGCUUUCCUUAACAUACACGUGUUAUAACAUGUUUUUAAUAGGUAGCCAGGGUUCAUCUUCCAGCCUUGAAAAUAUCUGAAAGCUUCAAAAUACAGACGGGCCAUUUAUGGAUGCUGCUGUGCAUUUUCAAUUCUUAACACUAAUAUCUGUGCAAAUGUUUUAUCUGCACACAUUUGGAUAUAAAACAGUAUGUAAAAACAUUGUAACGAAUGGCAUCAAUGAGGACACUGUUAUCUUCAGCUUGAGUUUGCUGGUCAGGGAUGGAAUAGCUGGUUUGCCCUGUUACUAGAGUACAGUAUUGGAUAUGGAAAUGCCUCAAAUAGGACUUACAUAUGUUCUCACAUUUUCUUUUCCUCCUGGAGCUGAGUUUACAUAAGCAGCAGAAGAUGUUUACUGCUGAAUAUUCGUGUUGCUUUCUGUUAGAGGGACAUGAGGGCCAGGAAGGCUGCUUAAACCUCACUACCACUCAAUUAUUGGGAAGCAAAUGUACUUCUCAAGUAGUAGCAGAUCGAAUUAUUGAAUUAAAUUACUUUUUAAAUAAAAGCCAGAAUGUA